GCACGAAAAAUUGCUCCUCAAAAAUUGUUUUUCAUAGUUGCGGCAGGGUACCUGUAUUCUGUACAUUGGUUUAGGAUCAAUAAGAUGAGCUCUAACCCUAGAGUUGCUUCCUCCAGUAAAAGGCUAGAUGGUAAGGUGGCAAUUAUCACCGGAGGUGCCAGCGGUAUAGGAGCAGCUGCGGCUCGGCUCUUUCAUAGCAAUGGUGCUAAAGUUGUAGUAGCCGAUAUCCAAGACAAUCUAGGCCAAGCAAUUGCCAAGGAGCUUGGCAAAAAUGCAUGCUACAUUCACUGUGAUGUAUCACAAGAGGACCAAAUUAUUGAUCUUAUCGAUACCACCAUAGCCAAAUACGGCCAACUUGACAUCAUGUACAACAAUGCUGGAAUCACUGAAGGGUCCAAAAUUGCUAUUCUGCAAACGUCAAAGUCAGAUUUGGACCGGGUUAUUGGUGUAAAUUUGGUGGGCUCAUUUUUAGGAGCCAAGCAUGCUGCAAGAGUCAUGAUACCCCAGCGCAGGGGAUGCGUAUUGUUCACAGCCAGCGCCUCCGUCAAUAUAGCUGGUCUUGGACCUCAUGCCUAUGCAGUCACUAAGCAUGCAAUUGCAGGUCUAGCUAAAAAUUUGUCAGCUGAGCUUGGUCAACAUGGUAUACGAGUCAACUGUGUCUCCCCUUAUGCCGCAAUGACUGGCAUAGCAGGAGGGAAUUAUUCUGAAGAGUAUAUUGCACAAAUGCAGAUGUUUGUAAAUGCAGUGGCUAAUCUUAAAGGGAAGACUUUGACAGCAGAUGAUGUUGCUCAAGCUGCACUGUACUUGGCAAGCGAUGAAGCUGGUUAUGUAAGUGGACUGAAUCUUGUAGUUGACGGAGGUUUCAGCGUUGUUAAUCCUUCCAUGAUGAAUGCUGCGGCUCAGGCCAAACUACAUCAGAAAUGAAGCAAGCUGGUUGUUAAACUAGUUGUCGUGGACACAUGCUAUUGCUUCUUGUUUUUGUUUCGGUUCAGAGAUUUACAUCUUGCUUCAAGUCAUGCAGCUCAUUCCCACAUAUGCCAAUUUACAAGCUUUUAUUAGAAGAAGACUUAAAACUAGGACACCUCUUUCCUUGUGGAUUUUCAAAAUCUUCCACCUAAUAAAUUACUUCAGCUUUAUGUUGAGCAAGUUUAGUUUUUAAAUACUUUGAUUGUAUUAGGGUAACAAGUAUUAUAAAUGAAUAUAUGUCCUCCAACAGUCCCAAACUAUUUGUGGAUAAUAGUUGACAAGACAUAUAUCACUUUAAUACAUGGUGCAAUGGGUAAUGUAACGCCAAAAGUAUUGUAAACAAUGAUCCAAUGCACUCCUAACCU